AUGUUAUGGAGUUUUCUCUCCCCAGUCCUUUAGUAGCUAGCUAAAGGAAAUGUAAGGACUUGCUGGAAGUUUCUUAAAGUUACACGACCAGAGAGUAUCAGCACUCAGAAGGUGGUCAAAUAAACUUUUGCUUUUCUGCAUGAGAGCCAGAAAGAUUGUUGGAAGAUGGUGGUUCUCAAAAUUCGAGACCAGCCUCCCCUGCUGAAAGCUAUAUUCAACGUUGACCCAGAUGAAGUGCGUUCCCUCAUAUUCAAGAAGGAAGAUGUGAAUGUGCAGGAUAAUGAAAAGAGGACCCCACUGCAUGCUGCUGCAUACUUAGGAGAUGCUGAAAUCAUAGAGCUCCUCAUUUUAUCAGGGGCAAGAGUAAAUGCCAAAGACAAUAAAUGGUUGACACCCCUGCACCGAGCAGUGGCCUCCUGCAGUGAGGAGGCGGUGCAGGUGCUGCUGAAGCACUCGGCAGACGUGAACGCGCGAGACAAGAACUGGCAGACGCCGCUGCAUGUGGCUGCUGCCAACAAGGCAGUGCGGUGUGCCGAGGCACUCGUUCCCCUGCUUAGCAACGUGAAUGUGUCAGACCGCGCCGGGCGCACUGCCCUCCACCACGCUGCCUUCAGCGGACACCUGGAGAUGGUGAGGCUGCUUCUGUCCAGAGGAGCUAACAUUAACGCCUUCGACAAGAAGGAUCGGCGGGCUAUCCACUGGGCCGCAUACAUGGGUCACUUGGAUGUGGUGAAGCUGUUGGUGUCUCAUGGUGCUGAGGUGACGUGUAAAGAUAAGAAGGCCUACACACCUCUGCACGCUGCAGCCUCUAGUGGGAUGAUCAGCGUCGUCAAGUACCUGUUGGACCUGGGAGUAGAUAUCAAUGAGCCGAACGCGUACGGCAACACCCCUCUGCACGUGGCCUGCUACAAUGGCCAGGACGUGGUGGUGAACGAGCUGAUCGAGUGCGGGGCCAACGUCAACCAGGUGAACGAGAAGGGCUUCACCGCCCUGCACUUCACGGCCGCCUCACGCCACGGGGCGCUCUGCCUCGAGCUGCUGGUGGGCAACGGGGCAGACGUCAACAUCAAGAGUAAAGAUGGGAAAACGCCUCUGCACAUGACUGCAAUUCAUGGGAGGUUCUCACGAUCUCAGGCUAUCAUUCAAAAUGGUGCAGAGAUUGACUGUGAGGACAAGAAUGGCAACACGCCCCUGCAUAUCGCCGCGCGUUACGGCCACGAGCUCCUCAUCAGCACUCUCGUCACCAACGGAGCCGAUACCUCGAAGCGGGGGGUCCACGGCAUGUUCCCUCUGCACUUGGCCGCACUGAGCGGCUUCUCGGACUGCUGCCGCAAGCUGCUGUCCUCCGGUGAGCUACCCCUCCUGCUAGCAGCUUCAGUCAGCUUAUCGGUCAGCGUACUGAGUGAUGCCUCUCCUUCCGCAGGCUUUGAUAUAGACACUCCCGAUGACUUCGGGAGGACCUGUUUACAUGCUGCUGCGGCAGGGGGGAACCUAGAUUGUCUUAAUCUACUCCUCAACAUAGGGGCAGAUUUCAACAAGAAGGACAGUUUUGGGAGGACACCUUUGCACUAUGCGGCUGCGAACUGUAACUAUCAGUGCCUAUUUGCCUUGGUGGGAUCUGGAGCCAGCGUCAACGACCUGGAUAAGAGGGGCUGCACUCCCCUCCACUACGCCGCUGCCUCUGACUCUGAUGGAAAGUGCCUGGAGUAUUUGCUGAGGAAUGACGCUAACCCAGGGAUCCGAGAUAAUCAGGGCUAUAAUGCGGUGCAUUACGCCUCUGCAUACGGACACCGCCUCUGUCUGGAGCUGAUUGCAAGUGAAACCCCUUUAGAUGUGCUAAUGGAGACCUCAGGGACGGACAUCCUGAACGACUCUGAUGUGCGUGCUCCUGUUAGCCCACUGCACCUCGCUGCGUAUCAUGGGCACCACCAGGCUCUGGAGGUGCUGGUGCAGUCCCUGCUGGAUCUGGAUGUGAGGACAGUGCAGGGUCACACACCACUUGACCUGGCUGCUUUUAAAGGCCAUGUGGAGUGUGUGGACGUGCUCAUCAACCAGGGAGCCUCAAUCCUGGUCAAGGACUACACCCUUAAGCGCACCCCCAUCCACGCAGCAGCCACAAACGGUCACUCGGACUGUCUGCGUUUACUGAUUGGAAAUGCAGACCUGCAGAGCGCAGUCGACAUUCAGGAUGGAACUGGGCAGACGCCGCUGAUGCUGGCCGUGUUGAGUGGACAUACAGACUGCGUGUACUCUCUGCUCAACAAAGGAGGCAAUGUAGAGGCCAAAGACAAGUGGGGACGCACGGCUCUCCACCGAGGGGCGGUGACGGGCCAUGAGGAGUGUGUGGAGGCCUUACUGCAGCACAACGCCAGUUUUAUGGUGCGGGACUGCCGAGGACGCUCUCCUGUACACCUGGCAGCUGCCUGCGGCCAUGUGGGGGUGCUGGGAGGUCUGCUGCAUGCAGCCCAGUCCGUGGAGGGUACCCCCGUCAUCACAGACCACCAGGGCUACACACCACUGCACUGGGCCUGUUACAAUGGUCACGACACGUGUGUCGAAGUGUUGCUGGAGCAGCAGCUAUUCGACAAGACGGAGGGGAACCCCUUCAGCCCUCUCCACUGUGCCGUGAUUAAUGACAACGAGGGCGCAGCUGAAAUGUUGAUUGACACACUGGGUCCUGUGAUUGUCAAUGCUACGGACUCCAAAAACAGGUCUCCCCUCCAUGCUGCGGCGUUCACUGACCAUGUGGAGUGUCUGCAGCUUCUGCUUGGUCACAACGCCCAGGUGAACAGCAUCGAUGCCGGUGGCAAAUCCCCGCUAAUGAUGGCAGCUGAGAACGGGCAGACGAAUGCCGUGGAGCUGCUGGUUAGCAGUGCAAAAGCAGACCUGACACUGCAGGACAGCAAUAGAAACACUGCACUGCACCUGGCCUGCAGUAAGGGACAUGAGACCAGUGCCUUGCUGAUCUUGGAAAAGAUUACAGACCGAAAUCUCAUUAACUCCACCAACGCAGCUUUACAAACGCCCCUGCAUGUGGCAGCCAGGAAUGGUCUAACGGUCGUUGUACAGGAGCUCUUGGCCAAGGGUGCAAGUGUACUAGCCGUUGAUGAAAACGGUUACACACCUGCUCUGGCCUGCGCCCCCAAUAAAGAUGUGGCAGACUGCCUGGCUCUCAUCCUGGCCACCAUGAUGCCGGUGUCGGCCAGCAGCAGCUCGGCGCCGGGCCUCACAUUCAGCACCAUCAACCACUACACGGGCCCGUCCAAGAGCGUCACGCUGGACAGCCUGCCCAUGCUGCAAAGCGAACACGGCUCCUACUGCAGCUUCAACAGCAUUGGCCGCCACGACGGCUUCUACAAGGACGACGAGCUCAAUGAUUCGGACUCAGAGACAUACUGAGUGUUUGGAGAGGAAAGGGAGAGCAGAGACACAGCUUGUCUCAAUCACCCAGAGGCAACACGGCCCUGUCAGCUGGCCACUGCGCAGAGCCUUAAGAGUCUCUUUGUUUCUCUAUCUUUUGCGUGUGCACGCACGCACACACACACACACACACACACACACACACACACACACACACACACACACUCAGACUCUCACUCAUAGAGGCCCAGCAGGCUGGCCUACCUAGUCCCUCUCUCUGUCUGUUCAUGUUCAUCCAGCACUUUGUGCUCUUCAGCAGAUACCUCCACGUACCUUCUGCUCGUCUCAUCCCGUGGCCCACUAUUGACCUACUCCAGCCAGCCAGCUGACAUGGGCCUUCUCCCUACAUGGCAAUAAAGCAUAGACUCCUCAGCCUGGGACCAAUGUUUGUAGGUGCAGUUUGAAACCGAUUUGUUUAGACUUUGACUUUUGAAAAUUAGGGGAGGUUUUGAAUUGUCCCCAGAGAGAACGACAGGGCUGAUUGUAAAGUUUUUAAACUGAUAUAAACAUUCAUGCACAGUUAAUUUCACAAUUGGUAAAUUACGUGGGGGGGAGAGACAUUUAUUUUUUAAAACAGGAUUUUAAUACACAUUUGUCCUCUGUCCCUCUAGAGUGAAAAAUCAUAGCAUUUCCUAUUUUCAAAUCUUAGAGGGCCAGUGAUGGAAAUUGAAUAUUAUUAGCAUUGUAACGCUAAUAGCAAUGGUUGUAAGUGAAGUGCGAGCUAACCUUUGCUGUCUUCUCUUUAAGAAUAAAUUAUUCUUUUUAUCUGUAUUUAUUUUUAGUUUCCAUACUUCAUCAUCAUUUGUGCCUUUGUGAGUUAAUGUGUGAAUGCAAAAGAGUAGGGGCAGUUUGGAGAGCUAUGAUGCACAAUUAGAACACUACAUUUGUGUAAAGCACUGAAACUGAACUAAAGCAAAAAGCUCCCAACAUGCUUUGCUCUGGAUGAAGAACACUGUGUAAACCAAUAGCAGGACAGUAUCUGAUUUCCUUAUAUGGUAAAAUGUGAAUAUUAAAACCUUAUGUAUAUAUAUUUUUUUCUCAGCUUUGCUUUUUUUUGGCUUUUAUUAGCUAAUAAAACCACUCAGCCCUUGGUCUGUGAAAGUUGUUUGACUCUUUUCAGACAUGGAUUUUAAAUCGAUUUGAAACUGGAAAUCUGCUUAAGUGGAGCAGCUAUUCGCUUUCCUAUUUUUGUGUGUUAGCGAGGCAGUAGAAGAGCCAGCAGAGUUGUUGGCGCCUGCACCCCGCCACUCAUUCAGCAUGGGAGAUUGCUGUAUAUUUUAUGGUUGUCUGAAUAAAGAAAUGACUUGUCAUUU